GAGCCGCGGGGCCGCCACACUUGCCCCCCUCCCCCUCUCUCACUCGCACUCACACCCGGGGACAGGAGGCGGGCGGCCCCGGCCCCACCGGUCCCCCAUGGCCACCCCCGGGCCCCGGCGCUGAGCCACCCGCCACCCCUCCCCACGCACAGCCCAGCCCGCCACGCCGAGGUCACUGGAUGGCAAGCGGAAAAGAAAGACCAGCCAAUGUUCCCUGAAAACCAGCAUGUCAGGGUACAUCCCUAGUUACCUGGACAAAGAUGAGCAGUGUGUCGUGUGUGGAGACAAGGCCACAGGUUAUCAUUACCGAUGCAUCACUUGUGAAGGCUGCAAGGGCUUCUUCCGGCGCACGAUCCAGAAAAACCUUCAUCCCACUUACUCCUGCAAAUAUGAUGGCUGUUGCAUCAUUGACAAGAUCACCCGAAACCAGUGCCAGCUAUGUCGCUUUAAGAAAUGCAUCUCCGUGGGCAUGGCCAUGGACUUGGUCCUGGAUGAUUCAAAGCGGGUGGCAAAGCGAAAGCUGAUUGAGGAGAAUCGGGAACGGCGGCGCAAGGAAGAGAUGAUCCGCUCGCUGCAGCAGCGGCCAGAGCCCAGUCCUGAGGAAUGGGACCUUAUCCAUCUGGUAACAGAGGCCCACCGAAGUACCAAUGCCCAAGGCAGCCAUUGGAAGCAGAAACGGAAAUUCUUGCCAGAGGACAUUGGCCAGUCACCCAUGGCCUCAAUGCCAGAUGGGGACAAGGUGGACCUGGAGGCCUUCAGUGAGUUUACCAAGAUCAUCACCCCGGCCAUCACCCGUGUGGUGGACUUUGCCAAAAAACUGCCCAUGUUCUCCGAGCUGCCUUGUGAAGACCAGAUCAUCUUGCUGAAGGGCUGCUGCAUGGAGAUCAUGUCUCUUCGGGCCGCUGUAAGAUAUGAUCCCGAGAGUGAGACCUUGACGCUGAGUGGGGAGAUGGCAGUCAAACGGGAGCAGCUGAAGAAUGGCGGCCUGGGGGUGGUCUCUGAUGCCAUCUUUGAUCUGGGCAAGUCACUCUCUGCCUUCAACCUGGAUGACACGGAAGUGGCUCUGCUCCAGGCUGUGCUGCUCAUGUCUUCAGACCGCUCGGGCCUGCUGUGUGUGGACAAGAUCGAGAAGUGCCAGGAGGCUUACCUGCUGGCUUUCGAACACUACAUCAACCAUCGCAAACACAACAUUCCCCACUUCUGGCCCAAACUGCUGAUGAAGGUGACUGACCUCCGGAUGAUAGGGGCCUGCCAUGCCAGCCGCUUCUUACACAUGAAAGUCGAGUGCCCCACAGAACUUUUUCCCCCGCUCUUCCUUGAGGUCUUCGAGGAUCAGGAAGUCUAAGCCCCCAGUGCUGGGGUAUGGGGAGAGCUGGGGCAUGUGGAGCUGCAGAGGGUGCAGCAGAAGGGGCAGGGCUAAGGGAUACCACCCCACAUCCCUCUUCUGUCUUUCCUUCUAUAUAUUUUUGCCUCCCACACACAGCCUAGCCAAGAUCCCUCCUCAGAGACCUCCUUCCUGCCCUGGGAUCAGGCAAAACAAACAAACAAAAACCAACUCAAGAAAAUGAAAAAGGACAAUGCCAGUGGGAAGGGGAGUCCUCUGGCAACUUUUAGGAGCCCCACCCCCAGGGCAGGGGGAAGAUGGGGAGAAGAGAUGGGACAAGGAGCCAUCUGAACUGUAGGGGAAGGAUGGGGGGUUGUAGGGGGAACUGCCCUCAACCCCUCCCCCCGCCAAAAAAGCCUACCCCUCUCCUUAUUCCUUAACCCAGAUCCUGGGCUAGGGCCCCUCUUUUCAUGCUCAGAUACCUGGGUUGCACAGAGAAGCCUCAGCAUUGGCUCCUCCCUGGGAGGUUAAAAGUUAUAGUCACUCUAACUGCACUUUGGAAGCGAGAGGGUAAAAGAAAGAAAAGUGGAGAAAAAAAUAGAGAAAGAGAGAAAAAGACAAAAAAAAAAGAGACAGAGAGAUGAUGAUAUUAAAUUAUUAACUGAGGCCGGCUGGGGAGAGGACCUGGGGUGGGGGAGAUAGGAAAAGACUUGCCCAUCCCAAUGCACUUUGACAGCUGCCCCCCCCCCAAAAAAAGAGAAGCCCACCAUCACUACCACCUCCUGAGUGGGGCUGCCAAUCAGAGUUAAGCCACAGGGUCCUGGCCACCUCCAUUUCCCUCCCCUCCCCACUUGCCUUGCUCCCUUGGCGCACACACCUUUGCACCCUCUGCUCGCCACUUGUGCCCGCUAAUUCUGAGCUCCAUCUACCUCUCACACUGGAUGCCAGCCAGUAUCCCCUAUAUGGCUCCCUGUUAAAAUGCCCACCAACCCAGGGACUUCCCUCCCCUAAAUGGUGCCCACCCUCCUUCCUGCCCCAGGCAGGUACCUUGGCAUCCACACCAGGAAAGACUAUGGUCCCAGCUCUCCACUGUCCUCCCCAUAUCCUGCAGAGUCAGCCACAAUCAAGAGGCUGCAUUGGGGAGUAUUUUUGAGUCUAGGCAUCUCCCCAACUCUCUGCUCCUAGGCUACUCUUCUCUCCUUCCUUUGAGAUUCCAGCCCCCUCCCCAAACAAUGCACUAAUCCCAUCCUUUCUUUUACCCUUGUCUCCUCCAUUCCUGGCAGCACCCUGAUGUCUCAGAAGGCACCACCCGCUGGUGGUAGAGUGGAGGGGCUAGGGAAAUGGCACUUAGUUUUUGUUUUAUGGAGGAAUGGGGGGUUUUGAAGGGGUGCUCAUUUUUGUCUCUGAAAUUCUUCGGCUUUGUCUGCCACCCUCCUCCCCCAACCCUGCUCCUUUAAUUCAGGAACUCCACCUGGAGCUACACCCCCACUCUCACCCCAGGAAGAUGAAAACCAGAGGAGGGGGCUAUUUUUCUGGCCAGGCUUCACUGCUUUGUUUGUUUGAUUUGAGUAUGCUACCCACCCCACCCCCUACACCCAACCAAGGACUGUAGGAGUUAAUCCCCUGGAAAGAGAAUGAGUAGGCAUGAGGAAUAUGGGGCCAUAUAUAUGGGCAGGGAUGGAAAUACUUGCCUCAAGAAGCCAUGGGUGAUGGGAUGAGUGUUGGGGGUGAGGGGGUUGUGGAUUUCCUCCUCUUUGCACUUCUUGGGCAAAAAUGUCUUAAGCAGUAGAGGAUUUGCCACCUCUCCCCUUGGCCUAACCCCCUGCACUGAUAGCCCACACCCCCCCUCCUCAACCUCCACCACCGUGGUCCUGAGCUGUAUCCAGGGGAGUAUGGCCUUCUCCCCACCCACCCACCUACCCACCCAAGGAAAUCUCCUGGCCUGAGACUUAAGAUUUGCCGUCCUCACUACCAGCCCCUUACAGUUCCCGACACACAUACCCCUUCCUUGUCCACAUAGCCCAGAUCUAAGGGGUACGGGACAGGAGAGACUAGGUUGUGUGUCUGUCUGUAUGUGUGUGUACGUGCGCGCACGACUGUGUCUGUCCUUUACAUUUGCUGCCUAGCACACUUUCUGUCUCUCUUUGUCUCUUUAUCCUGGGGGUCUAAUUCUGACUCCAGGUCACUAGGAUGAGUCUUCUUCCUCAGUUGCCACCCCUACCCCACAACAGGGCCAUCAAUGUACUUGCUCUGGCUACCGUCUACUCUUUUCCAGCCAUGGACAGAGCAGGGAAGGCUUAGGGGCUAAGUGGGACUGGCCCCUUUAUAGGCAUUUGGGAAUUACUUUCCAGCACACCACCCACCCCCAAACCACACCAGAUGAGCUAUGUAUGACCUGCCUCCAUAUUACCCUGCGCUGUCUUGGUAUUGAGGGGCAGGGAAUGGACAGCAGCCUGGGGUAAGGGUCUGUCCAAGUAUGUGUAUGGAUGAUGCAUGUUCUGUGUGUGUGUUUAGAUGAAUGUUCCCAGCUCACGUGUAUUCUUUGGGGGAUAUGUCUGAAGGGGGCUAUGGAGACAGGUAGUCUUAGAGCACCUGCUCUAGAUUCAUAAAUUCCCCCAUCCCUACUGUGGGAAGUAGAGGAUGGGGGGUCCCAAUCUUGGAGAUCAUUGGUGCUAAUAAAGGAGGGAGGGGUGGACAGACAUGACAUGAGGGUGCUUGGCAAACCCCCUCCAGUAUUGGGCCAGGGCACUUCAGGGGUAGAGGUGGGGCCUCGUGUUGCAGUAUUGGCUGUGGGAGGGGUGCCCAUGAUAGGAUGAGGGGGCUCUGGAUAGGAUGAGGGGGGCCCUAGAGCCAUGACCACUACACUGCCCCCCUUCCCACUCCCUACCCCCACCCUGCCUCCUUCCCCAUCUCAGUAUUCCCCCACCCAUCAUUCUUAACACACAUACCUCAUCCAGCUCCCCACCUUGCUCUGUCCCAGGUGGGGGGAGUAGGGAGAGAGGAGUCCCCUGUCCCUCCCCUCAUCCCCUGGUGGCCGGCCUACAGGGUAGAGAGGGGGUGGGGGGCAAAGACACCGUCCACAAAGGGGACUAGGGGAACCCCUAACCCGUAACUCCUGGGGGGGUACUGCCUGGGGGC